ACGAGCCGCAUCACAUUCUCCCACGCACUGACCUAGAACCAAGAGAUAUAGUCAUGGACCGCAAACAGAUGAUAUCCGUUUUCCUUCUCGUGGUUCUGACCAUCCACUCAGUCGCCGCCGCCAAGUGGCCGAAGUAUCAAGGAGAGCAAGGCAUUAGAUCUAGUGUUUGCCAAAAAGAGUUGAAUUGUGCAAAAAAUAACAUUGUCACCCGCCUCGGCACAUGCAAGGCUUUCUACCUGGGAAGGAAGAGGUUCUGGCAGAAGUGUGGUAAGGACGGUAAACUAUCAAAGAGCAAGAUCUACAAUCCUCACCUCGCACAAGCAGUGGAGAAAGUCGGCAAAGGUCUGAUGAAGGUUUCCGAUAAAGCCGUCUCUGCCAUCAUCGCACUUGCUUCGUCAGCGAUCCUCGCCGGAAAGUAGACUUGAACCCGAUAACUAUUUCG